CACUACUUCCACCACCACCAUUCUAAAACCCUAUUAUUUUAACUGUAACCCUAACCUCAUUAUUUUACGCCCAAAUCUAUUAAACCGUUUAUUUUUAUUUUUAUUUUUUAUGGGCCAAGCCAAGGCCUUAUAUUGUGCAUCGUCAGCCCUCCUCUCUCUCUCUUCGUCCACCCUGAAAUUUACAAACCCUAGCUCACUCUAAUCGAUCGAUCGGUUUCAUAAUUCUUCUAGACCUUGAAGUUGGUAACUUAUAGCAGAGGCAGAGAAAUAAAAAAUUUAAGUUAGGGCAAGUUUUUCAGACGACACAAUCUGCUUCGACACUCCGCAGGACGCAGCCUCCGCUAUAGCCUCGGGCUCAGGUGACACCGUGACAAGUGUUGGGGCUUAAUUGAAGCUACAGUGUAGACCUUUCUCUGUUGGAUAAGAAUCUUGGACUUCAAUCGCUCUGAUUCUCCAUUUUUCUUGUUUGGGAAUUCUGGUUUCCUUUUUUCCCAUCAUGGUUGCUAUAAGAACCUGAGAAGCAAUUCCAGACAUGGGUCAAGAAGCUCAAACCUGAAUUCACUCCAAUUGACGAAGUCUUGCGUGCCCAAUUGGACCUCGAUCUCGUGGACACCGUUCUUUCUUAGUUUGUUCCAACCAAUUCUUUCAGGCCAUCCUCAUCUUCUUCGGUGACUUUUUCUUUGGGGAGCAACCAUCAAAUCGUAAAAAGGGUGCCAUAGAGAUUUGACUGAUCUCAAAGGUGUUGAAGACAAGAAAGGCUGUGAUUGGUUAGUACUGGCAGAGGACGUACGGAAAUCAGUAAUUCGACUUACAUCUGUUGUCCUCUUUCAAAAGGUUUCUCUCAUCUUCAUCCAAGUGUUUGGGUAUAGGAAUGGUGGGAUUAUCUGCUGGAGAAAAGCAUUUCAUACAGGGUGGCAUUGCUCAAGACCUUCGCUCUGAUGGUCGAAAAAGAUUAACUUACCGACCCAUUUAUGUUGAAACUGGAGUCAUCCCUCAGGCUAAUGGGUCUGCAAGAGUCAAAAUGGGUGCAACGGAUGUUAUCGCUAGUGUGAAGGCUGAAAUUGGAAAACCAGGUCCAACACAACCUGAUAAAGGAAAGGUUUCCAUAUAUAUUGAUUGCAGUCCAACGGCAGCACCAGUGUUUGAGGGAAGAGGAGGUGAGGAAUUAUCAACAGAACUCUCAGCAUCUCUUCAGCGAUGUCUCUUGGGUGGUAAAAGUGGAGCAGGAGCAGGAAUUGAUCUCUCAUCGCUGUCAGUUGUGGAAGGAAAAGUUUGUUGGGAUCUUUAUAUUGAUGGCCUUGUGGUUAGUUCAGAUGGGAAUAUUCUAGAUGCAUUAGGGGCUGCUGUCAAGGCUGCUUUGAGCAAUACUGGCAUCCCAAAAGUUAAUGUUGCUGGCAGCGUCUCUGCUGAUGAACCAGAGAUUGAUGUAAGUGAUGAGGAAUUCUUACAAUUCGACACAUCUGGGGUCCCUGUGAUAGUUACGUUAACAAAGGUUGGCAGGCACUAUAUUGUAGAUGCAACUUCAGAAGAGGAAUCCCAAAUGAGCUCUGCAGUCUCUGUUUCUAUAAAUAGGCAAGGCCGCAUAUGUGGGCUGACCAAACGAGGGGGUGCAGGCCUAGAUCCAAGUGUCAUUCUUGACAUGAUAUCCGUAGCUAAACAUGUAAGCGAGCAGCUAAUAAACAAAUUGGACUCUGAGAUAUCUGCUGCUGAAGCUUGUGAAGAUGAAUCAUGACACAAGUUUUUCCAAUAUUAUCACAUUUUGUAUUAUUUUAUUUAGAGUGGACGCUGUUGUUAUAUGCCAAUGUAGCUUGAUGACUUACUGAAUUCUUUGUCAAAAUGACUUGGCUGAAUAGUGGAUACAAAUAGUAUAUUUUAAUGUAUUGUACUACAAUUUGGCAGUGUUAACCAAAGUCUGCAUGAAUGUUUUAAGAGUA